UGAGGAGAGACACCCUAGAGAAACCUCCCAGCAUGGAGUCAGGUUUCGCUGGCUGUUCCUGGUGAAGAGGGGUUAAUGCUCUUUACAUGGGAUUGGCUGGUCACCAGACAUUCAGAGGAGAAGAGGGAUUUGGGGGCUGCCAAGUGGGACCCCUGUGGCCUGGGAAGAGGGGAAGGGAGAGGCUGGGAACGCUCUUCCAAAGAGUAAUAGAUCGGCUACUGUGGGAAAGUGAGCAUACUGCCAAACACCAAGUGGUUGGUGAUGGAUGGGGCAGGAAAGAGGGCAGGGAUGGAGGGCCAGCUCUUCUCUGUGGCCUCUAGGAUCUUGCUGCUGUUCCAUGGCCUCUCUUUAUUUAUUGUCUUCCUUGGGGUUUAAUUACUCCCCUUCUUGAUCAGUCUAAGAGAGCUUUUUAUCCCUGGGGAUGCACAAACAACUGCCACCCGCUUCAAAAAUAGCUGGAGGCAAGGUGGUGCCUGCCUGCGUGGGUCUGUGCACUCUACCCAUCGCCAUGGCAUCAAGCGCUUCUUGCCUCCUUCCUCCUUCCUCCUUUAACUGCAUCUCCCUGGGCCCACAGGGUGCUCACUCCCCUCACCUUCCUCUGGGCUGUCCGGGCUGCCCCUUCCUGUUGUUUGGGCUGUUCAUUUGUCCCCAGGAACUGUCCUGCUGUCCUCUGCACAGGGCUUAUGUGCAAGUGUUGGUCUGGCACAUGUGUGCUCUUCACCCAAGGGCCCUCAGCUCUGAGGGUAAUCUUGAUUUGUGACUCGUACUCCACUUGCUUGGCACACAUGGACUGCCUGCAAGGGUCUGCUUUGGAAGUAGCUACCUGCUGCUGCUUCUUCCAGAUCCCUACUUGAAAUGUGCUCCUUCCCUGAUGCUGCUGAGAGGAGCUAGCAAGCUCAUGGUAGCUGAACAGUGCUUAAAGCCCUGUAAUUUUUAGUAUCUGGGGAUGUAUCUACAUGAUACCACAGUUCUGGUGGGAAGUGAACUGGUGAAGUAAUUUAGAAAGUUUCUGCUGGUCAACUGCUGUUCCCAUGCCUGGGUGCUUUUUCUUGAAGUUUAUUUUUAACCCAGUUAGAUCUGCUGAUUUGGUGUUACAAAGCAGAUUUUCAUACGAUUGACAACUUGAAUUCAUACAACUGACAGCUGAGGGGUGGUGAGCUGUGAAGGUGGUGAGUGAGGGGAGAGAACCUAUGAAACAACAGCCUGUGUUACCACAUGCCUCACUUGAGGUCUCUGAAAGCGUAAUUUUCUUUUAUCCUCAGACAAAAUGGUUUUGUUCUGUCCCUCUCUGCAAGACACUGAGACUAGCUGGCAGUUCUUACAUACUACUUUGCUUACCCUAUGGCUUGUCUGAGGAUAUAAGUUGCUCUUUUUUGUGUGUAGUUUUGUCCCCUUUCCCUAUUCAUCAUCUCAAGAUGGAACAUUCCUUCUCUGUAAGACACUGCAAUACAGGAGCAGGAGAACCAGCCAAUUCCAUCUUGCACUGCUAUAACUGCUGCACACUUGCAACAGUGAGCAGCAGCAGCGCUGUAUUUGGCUGGGAGAAAGCCCUGGCAUCCUCGGGGUGCGUGUGUGUCCUGCAGAGUGCAAUGAGCCAUGCCUGACACCCUGGUGUCCUGAGAGACCUGAGCUUGGAGCCAAGACGUGAUGCAAUCUCCAGGCCCAUCACAGCAGUCUUCAUGGAACCAGAUGUUUUGAGCAGGGUUGAGCAAGAGUCCUUCCAGGAGAUCAGGCGUAAGUGAAGGAGCGCCUAGAGCAGUGGUGCUAAGAAAUUUAAACCGUGGCUUCUGAGAGCAUCUGAAUGAUCAGUGUGUGCUGAGGCAUCUCUGGAACCAUGGAAGUUCCUAUGGUGAGACUGGUUUUAGCUGGAGAGAGGAGAUUAGUUACAAGAGAGCCCUGUACAGCUGAAGGAUGCUGAGAAGAAUAUUUGAAAGAUUCCAGUGGAGUUGGAAAUACAGUUUCAAGUUUUCUUUAGCAUGUAGUACUGUAUCCUUGUGAUGUCCAAGUUCUUGGAUAAAAUUAAAUUGUUGUCGCAUAGGCCAUUAUUGGAUUUCAGUAGAAUUUUCUAGUCUUCUUUGAGCAGAUCUUCUUUUAAACCGGGGGCUGGAGAAUGAUAUAAUUAUGCUGCUAUUAGUAUAUGGUAGUUAUAGUAAGAACAAUCUGUUCAAGUGGAGGGGUUUUUAAUGGACUCUGAAGGUGUUCAGAUGCUGGUCUAUUCUGCUGACUUCUGGAAGAUCAGGCUUGAGCCAAAAUCCUGUCAAUAAGGACCAUUGUAUUACUGGGUCCCAUGUGUUCUGUACAGAGUCUUAAGAGCUGCUUUGUCUCAGAGUGCACAGCUAUCUCACUGCAGCUAGAGUUGUGGCAUUUAAAAUAACUGAGCCUUAGCCUACCAAAGAUCUGGACAAGGCACUUGAGAGAACAGUGGAAACAGUGAAGGCCUGUGGAAAGCAUGGAGUCCAAAGGUACUGUGCUUCCAGGAGCUGAAGAGGUGAGCUGCCACAGUACUUAAAAAGCUGUAGGCUUUGUAUUGCAUCCAUCUUAGUUUCUGUAUGCAACAGAUCAUAGCUACUGGCAUGGAGCACUUUGUUUUCCUACAAGAGUGUGUGUGAGAAGAGACACCUGUUUUCUUUUUGACCACAGAUGCUUCUGGACAGUUGAAGACUAGCAAGUCCUUGAACACCAUCCUGAGGCUUGUGGUUGACAUUAUGUAUUAUACAUCACAUGUCUGCCUUCAGUGGGAAGGUGAAGAGAAUGCCUUGGCUUCUCAGCUGUGCUUUCCCUCUUCCCUGGCCAACUUUGUCAUUCAUUACCUUGUGUAGAUUCACCCUUUAGCUGUCAUUUGUUUGUUUUUCUCCAUCCAGUUUUCUUCCUGGCUUGAUGGCACCCAUUAAUUAGUGGUGUAUAGAUGGCAGCUGUGGAAGUCAAAUGGAUGCUGUUGUGACAACCUGCUAAGAGUGGUCACCAUAUAUUUCUGCUCACCUCUCUAUUGAAAGGGUGGGAAGGUGCUUAGGACAGAGCCUGGCUCUCCCUUAGCCUGACCUUACUUGAAGAGUAUCUGUGCUGGAUGGCUUGUUCCAGCUGGUUGUACUGGCAGCAAGUCAGUUGCACCUUGUGGUCAGUUGCCUCGAAGCUGCGAAGGAAACACAUAGUAUGAGGUAUUGCUAUUUUGCAUUAGCGCUGUGGGCAGUAGCUCUUGAUGAAGGUUGCAGAAGAAUGUUGUAUUCUGUCCUUGAAGCUUGAAUGGAAAAUGAUAGACCUUGUACUGUGACUGCCGGAACUGCUGGCUGACAUCCUCCUUGCUUGCAGUCCCUGAAAACAGUGUGGCAUCUGUCACGUGAGAGAAUUGCUGAGCCCCAGCUACCUUCUGGUACAUCCUACUCCUCUCCACUUUCCCUCCUGUCCAGCUUUGUAGGAUAAUCUUCUCUUUCAAUCCUUAAGCAAAGCACAGUCCUGCUGUCCCUGAGCUAGUCACAUUUCAGUUGUAGACAAAUAGUAGGUUUUUAUAGUUUCUCCUUACUUCUGUGGGUGUUUGCAGGACAAAAGUAAUUGGAGACGUUGGAGUGUUGUGGGGUACUGUGACCCUGAUGUGUGUUGUGAUGCCCGUGUCCUGUGGAGGGCAGGUGGACUAGUAUAACACUUCAAGGGUGGAGCCUCUUCACUUGCCUCUAGCUGGAGCAGAGAGAGAGGGAGUUUGGCCCUCACUCUGAAGUGGGGGAUCAAAUCAUGCUGGAUUUUAAUCUGCUGUGUGAAAGCGAUUCUAACUUGAAUUGUUGCUUUCUGUUGAAGUGCCUGAGUGAUGGGCAAAUAUGUUACUGCAUGGGUGUUAUGGGAUAACUUCAGGCAGAGGAGAUGAGCAUCUCUGUAUCAGGGAUAAAACAGAAGCUUCUAUUCUGACUUGUUUUCCACAGCAGUUUUUCUCCUGUAACCACAGGAGAGGUCUAGGGAGUCCUGUGCCCUAAUGAGAUGGAGUAUGGGGUGUCAUGCAGCCAGCAGCCUGUUGCAUGGCCUCUUGCCAGUGUCCUCCACAAGAGAACAUUAGGACUGGUGCAUUGCCAGCUCUUAGCAGUGCAUGUCUUUCUGGCUUCUUGAAAAUCAGGGUAUGAUUUCAAGAUGGUAUAAAUCAACUGGUCAUUUGAUAUAAUGGCAAAAUAGAAUGUUAACAGGUGCUUGGAGAUAACUCACUUCUAGCCUUACUCCUUCUCUGAAAGCCCUUCCCCUGCAUGGUAGGGACAGAACUUCUUCAAGCAAGGGAUGCCUUACAAAAAGAAACUUUCUUCUUCUCUUGCUGAGACUGAAUGCUGCUGAAGGGGUUUAUAACUGUAUGUUCCCAAAAGAGCUUUGUCUUAAUGGAUCUGAUUGUCCAUACUCCUCCUGGCUUUUUCUCACUGUAGUUUUUAACCUGACAGUAACUUGGUCACUCAGGUUGAUUUUUUUUUUUUUUCUUUGUUUGGGUUUUUUUGUUUUGUUUUGUGUUUUUCUCCCCCUCCUCACUCAAUUGUCAGAAGGGAAAUAGCUCUUCAUGCUGUCUUCUGUGUUCCUGGUAACUGAUGCCUGCUUUGUGACAGAGUAGCUGGGCUCUUUUAUGAUAAGCUGAGAUGUCUCCCUGACUGGUACCUCCAUUCUCCUUUCCACCACAUGUAAAUGUUCUGGAUGAGGAAGGAGGGUAAUAACAUCUUCUUCCCCUGCUGGCCUUUGUCUCCAAUUAGCUGCCACUCAAAGACAUCUUUCACUGCAGCACUGAUCAGAGGAUAUGGGAAGGAAUACCUGAGUGAUGGAUUUUAGCAUCUUGGCCCACCCAAGGGUGCAGGAGCUCUCUCCACACCCUGGCAAAGGAAUCCCUGGCAUAUGAGAAUGGAGAUGGUUCCCAGGGAAGAGGUUUUAAAGAGGAUGUGGCUUGCUUCUUGGCUUCCCUUCUUUUAGGAGGGGAUAAGAAAUGUGUUCAUGUUCCUACUCACUAACAAAGAACUGAGCAGUGAAAGUUGCCUCCUGGGACAUGUCUGCAGCAAAACAGCAGAGGGUACUGCAGGGCCAGCUUGCUUUGGCAGAGCUGCAGGGAGGUCUGUGCGCACCAGCCCGGCUCUCCUGGGUGCAGACGGUGUAAUCGGGAGGCAGGGCAGCUCUGAACGGGCUGAGCUGUGCCAGCGGGUGAAGAGCUGCUGAGCCUGACAGAUACUGAUGUAUGCAAAUGUCAAGUGAGGAAAAUAUGCUUUACCUCCUAAAACCAUGCAUCCUGCUAUGUUGACAUGAAUUGCCACACCCCAGGAAAGUGAAGCAGUUUGAAUGUCAAGAGUUAUGACCUUUUGUCUUGGAAUUUCCCGUGGCUUGCAUGGUGUCACAGCCAGCUGGGAACAAGAUGGAGAUGUGCUUCAUGUGACUCGUUCAGCACCUGGGCUGGCCCAGAGGAACCUGGCUGCCCUGCAUUUAAGUGUCCUGUAGGAAAUGGAGUGAAGCAGGAAUUACCUGGCAGCCACUGAAAUUGCCUUAUUGGAGCAGGCCAGCUGUUCGUCUUGCCCAGGCUUUAGCAUCUGAGAGGUACCCAAUGUCUGGAGGUAAAACCUCAAAGUGCAGGAUACCUGAUUGGAGAAAGCUGUACUAAUUAACCAGCAAGGGAUGUUAUCUCCUAACAGCCAGUUGCUGCUAAUUCAGCGUUUUCAGCUUCCUUGUGCCCUUUUCUUCCCCACACUUGAAGAAAGAACAAUAGCUGGUGACAUGUAAGGAAAGGCACCGAUUACUCCUCUACUUUGCAAGUGAUCUCGCUGCUCCAGCAAGACAUCAACAGAGUCUUAAGAAAAAAUGCCCUGGACACAAUGAGAUGCUCUUGGGGGGCUUCUGCAGCCCCUUGUUUUGCCCCCAUGAAGAAGGCUUGCCAGCAGUCCCCAAGAUGGUCCUUUAUGGCUUUGAGUGGGAGGACAUCCAGCCCCUUCAUGGCUGGGCCACCACAAAGAUGGCCUCCCACCAGUUGGGCCACAACCAAGCAUGUGAAGUUGGGCUGUGGAGCUGUGGCAGGAGGUGAGGGCCUGCCCUGGUGUGGUCUCCUGAGGAGAGUUGCCAUUUCUUCCUUCCCUGCCUGACAAGAUGGCCUCCUGGGGGCACACAACACCAGGACCCUGCCCCUCUGCUGACCUGUGGCAUGUUGAAGUAUAUAAAAAACUGUAAUAAACAUUAACAAAGAGGAUCAAGCUUUUUUUAAUAUAUAUAUUUGUUUGGUUUAUGUGUUGUGGGGAUUUUUUUUCUUCCUAUGUCAAUGCUGUAACUUUCCCACUAGCUUCAGGCCCAAGUCCCACCCUUCAGAGCUUGACGUGAGACUCUUCACCCUGCCACCCAAGCAUGGGGGAUGGUGUCAGUGGUGCUUCUCACUUAAAAGGUGACUGCAAAGUGCCCAGGAAAGCUUGUCCCUGAGCUGUAAGGUAUAACCGUGGACAACCCCUCUAACAAAGUCCAUAUCAAAGGCACAUGUUGAGAGCCGGAUAUGUUUUCCUUUGGGCAGUUGCCAUCUGUCUGAAUGUUUUAUGGCUUUCCACUUCAGUAUUAAAUUCUGUUCAAGUUAAUCAGUAAAUUUGCUUUGCAUUUGACUUGAAGUAGGAGUGGGCUGGGUGCUUCUUCCUUUUGCUCCCACACCCAGAGCCUGCGUGGCCACAAGAAGCCCAGGUGUGGGGCUGGUGGCAUGGGGUAGCUGCCUUGUGUCCCCCAGGGUUGGGGACAGCCUCCUUGAAGACAUUGCCAGCACCAUUGGGCACUGGGUGGAGGGUUUAUCAGUGAUGCCACAGGGUGUAUGGUGCCUCCUGGGAACUUUGGCCCUGGGAGGGGGAUGGUGCCAGGGCACAGAACCACUGUGGAGGAGUGUGCCGUGGAGGGGACAUAGUGGUGCAUGUUGCAUGUAUUGGGCUUGGAGUGGGUCUCUGCCUCUUCACCUGCUGCUGCAUGGAGGGUUUCAUGCUCCUGGGAGGAGAAGAAAGCCUCUGUGCUACAAAGGGCUUUUGUGUGACCUUGUUCCUCUGCUCACCUUUGCACCAGCCUUCCCUUCUCUAAGGAGCAGAAGGAUGAAGAUGAGACGCCAUAAGCUCUUUCUGACUCUCUGCAUGGCUGGUCUCUGCCUGAUCUCCUUCUUGCACUUCCUCAAGGCCCUUUCCUAUGUCACCUUCCCCCGGGAGCUGGCUUCACUUAGUCCCAACCUCGUCUCCAGCUUCUUCUGGAACAAUGCCCCCGUCACCCCUCAGGUCAGCCCUGAGCCCGGGGGUGCCGAGUUCCUCCGCACACCCCUCUACUCACACUCCCCCUUGCUCCAGCCCCUGCCUCCCAGCAGAGCCAGCGAAGAGCUGCACAAAGCUGAGUUCGUGCUGUCGGAAGACACAACAGAAUAUUUUGUCCGUACCAAAGCCGGUGGCGUUUGCUUUAAGCCAGGCACCAAGGUGCUGGAGAAGCCACCCGUGGGAGGGCGGCCAGAGGAUCAAGGGGACGGUGCGUCCUCGGGGCGGCCGGUUCGCAAGCCGCUGAGCGCCGGCGCGACGAAGCGGCGCAAGUGGGUGGAAUGUGUCUGCUUGCCAGGCUGGCACGGCCCCAGCUGUGGGGUCCCUACUGUGGUCCAGUACUCCAACCUGCCCACCAAGGACCGUCUUGUACCGCGGGUGACCCCUCGGAGGGUCAUCAACGCUAUCAACGUCAACCAUGAGUUUGACCUGCUGGAUGUCCGCUUCCAUGAGCUGGGAGACGUGGUGGAUGUCUUUGUGGUGUGCGAGUCAAACUUCACAGCCUACGGAGAGCCGCGGCCCCUCAAGUUCCGAGAGAUGCUCCUCAACGGCUCCUUCGACUACAUCCGCCACAAGGUGCUCUACGUCUUCCUGGACCACUUCCCCCCUGGCGGCCGCCAGGACGGCUGGAUUGCUGAUGAUUACCUGCGCACCUUUCUCACCCGGGAUGGCAUCUCUCGCCUCCGCAACCUGCGCCCGGAUGAUGUUUUUGUCAUCGAUGAUGCCGAUGAGAUCCCAGCCCGUGAUGGUGUGCUCUUCCUCAAGCUCUACGAUGGCUGGACGGAGCCUUUCGCCUUUCAUAUGCGCAAGUCACUCUAUGGCUUCUUCUGGAAGCAACCAGGCACAUUGGAGGUGGUCUCAGGCUGCACCAUGGGGAUGCUGCAGGCCGUCUACGCUACUGAUGGGAUCCGUCUGCGACGCCGCGAGUACUACACCAUGCCUGGCUUUCGUCAGUACGAGAACAGCACAGGACACAUCCUGGUGCAGUGGUCGCUGGGCAGCCCACUCCACUUUGCUGGCUGGCACUGCUCAUGGUGUUUCACCCCAGAGGGGAUCUACUUCAAACUGGUUUCAGCUCAGAACGGGGACUUCCCCCGCUGGGGUGACUAUGAGGAUAAACGAGACCUCAAUUAUAUCCGGGAGCUGAUCCGGACUGGUGGCUGGUUCGAUGGUACUAUACAGGAGUAUCCCCCCGCCGACCCCAAGGAGCAGAUGUACGCUCCCAAAUACCUGCUCAAGAACUACCAGCGGUUCCGCUACUUGUUGGAGAACCCCUACCGAAAAACAGAGGGCACUGGGUGAGGCCACCAGGGCUCAGGUGGGAAAUCAGAACUUCACGACAAAGGGAAAGAGUCAGAUGUUUUCAUACGUUCCUGUUUUGGUUUUCUUUGGUUGUGGGUGGGGUGUGCCAUUCUGGGGUGUCUGCCCUCCUUCCCUUCCUCCCUUCCUUCUCUUCUUCCCUUCAUCCCAGGCUGACCCUGAGCACACAAAUUCCUCAGUUGUGUGAAGGGCAGGAGGAGAGAUGUUGGGGACCUACUCUGGCAGUAGCAUAAAGCCUUUUCUGCCAUCUCCCGGACCUCUCCUGCUGGCUGGAGAGAAUCUCUGCAGCCAGCUGGUGGAUUUUCCUCUGGGGGAGGCUGGGAGGGUCCCAAGGGGAGGGAGGGCAGCUGUUCCCAUCCACCCUCGUCCUUUGUGGAUCAGAGCAAGCACAGAUGUGAGUGUGAGUCAGCAGGCACAAACUGAUGUGAGUGGUCACGUGUGCAGAUGUGUCGCAGGCAUUUUUUGGAUGAGUGAAUGUGCAAAAGCAUCUCAGUAUGCAUUUAUUUUUUUGUAUAUCUCUAUAUUAAAAGAGUAUUUUGGGGAAGGGAAAUCCUUUGCUUCCAAGGUGUUCUCCCCUUCUCCCGCAGGCUUAAUGCAUCUGUCCUGGGCUGUGUCUUGGCCUGAUGCUCUACCAGUCCUGGAGCAGGCACAUGGGAAGCAGAGGAGAAAGCUGGGUUUUUAUUUUUAUUGUUUUCUAAACUCCUUUUUCCCCCCUGCCCCUGCAACACUGCACUGGCUUGGCCCACAGAAGCGGAAGCAUUUUCCCUGCAGUAUGUGCUUCUUUUGGGGCUGGGAUAAGCUGCAGGAGACUUAGAUGGUGGAAGUGUACGUUUACAAGUGCAUGGUUUCCUAUGUGCAUGAGUGCUAACAUGCAUGGUUUUGGUAUGCACGUGGGCGUUUGUUACCAGUAUUGGGGGGGAUGGGGACAUAGUUGGGCUUGUGUGUGUGCAUUCAGGAAAUGGUGGGAUCCAGAAGCUGUGAUCUGUCUCAGCAUGGAUGACUUUUCGGGGGAUUCACAGGAGAGGGCCAGCGAGAGUGUUGGCUCUGCAUAGUGCUACACACGUGGGACUGUUGCGUGACUCUGGCUGGCUCUGCAACCCUACGGGCUGUGCCUGUUGCAGGGCUGCUCCUUACAUGUGCUGGCUAUUCCUUCUUGCCAUGGGGUAAAAGGGAGAGAAGGGCAAAGCUCUGAGUCAGAGAUGGGUGUUGUGGGGAAACACUGAGCACAAGAUCCAUCUGUCUACUCUCAGGGGGUGAGGGAGCUUGUGGAGAAAGCGGCAGGCUCCCCCUGAGACCAAGAGCCUGUUUUAGGAUCGCCAUCCAAUCCAGAGAGCAUGUGCAGCCUGGGCCAUGCAGAGGAGAGGGGAUCUAGGAUGACAUUAUUCGCAGCUGGCUGGGCCAGUGUUUGCUCAGAGUUUGCCAGUGGUGGGUAGUCAGGAUCUGGCCCGUUGUUGCAUUGGGUUGAUUCAGCUGAUUGAGGGGGCAGAUCCACGUUUCCACCCUUACCACCCUUCCUUAGCAGAUGGCUUGACAGGCUGCCUGGAGCCUGGGCUGUAGUGGGCAGAGGGUGAAAAACAUUAUGAACUUGCUCUGUUAGCCUCAUGUUCCAAGCAGAGAAGUGAGGAUCAUAUGAUGGAGGAGGAGGAAAUUGUUGGCAUCAGGAAGAGUGACCUUGACAUCAGGCCAGCUGUGCUGAAGCGGGAGGGUUUCCAUUGCUGUUAACUCAGGGCUCCAUAUUUCUAUGUUGUCCAGCCCAUUCCCACCCUUGUGCCUCAUUCCUAUCUCUGGAUCUCUUUUUCUUUCUCCUAUUCCCCUCCCUAGAGAAGUGAGAAACGUCAGCAAAAAUAAGCUGAUUGCCUAAUAAGACUGAAACUAGAAAAGAAUGAAGAUGAACAUCUUUUUCUGAUCAAACUGAGAUGGAUUUCAUCUUAGCUCCUUCCACAUCUCAUGUGCCAUGAACACUGCUUAGAAGAACUGAAGGACCCUCUUUUUUGAGUUUUGUUGUUGUUGUUUUGUAAAUCACUAUUCUCACUUCUGAUGUGUCUUCCCUACAGGAAGAAAAGCCCCUUUGAGAACUGAGUGAAGGGAGAAGCUUUAGCAGGCAGAACGCUCUUCCCACGAAGGGAGGGAGUCAUGUCACAGUUAUGGGGUCCCUGUGCCAAGUGGCUGCGUGGAGCUCUUGGGCAUAGAGAGAUUACAGAGAAAUGGGGACCCAGCUGAGAAAGGAGGAACCUGCAUUGAGCAAGAUGAGAGCAGUGGCACUGAGGCUGCAGUGCAAGGGGAAUGCACUUUCUCCAGGGGCAGCUGCAGGAGAGCAGGUGGGUUCAGCUCAUGGGAUUCAGUAGCAGUAAAGUAUGGAAGGAAGAAGCUAUUUUUCAUUGUUAUUCUUGGAAGGGAGCCUAAGAUACACUGUGAGAUAAGGCAAAGCCAAAGGUCUGUGACAUAACACCACAAGCCCAGUGCCAGGCCUUGCUGAAGACACGACAGAACGAGAAGUCAGUCUGUGCAUAGGUGCUUUGGCAGCACCAGAGCCCUGUGAAUCAGGAGAAGAAGUACAUGUGUGCUGGGGCUGCACCUCAUUAUCUUCUACAGAGCAGCCUCUACCCCGAUAGCAGCCCUUCCUGUGCAUGGGUGUUUUGGGGGAUUUUUAGCACGCUGCAAGUCAUGGUUUCACCAGUGAGGUAUGACCCUUUUCUGCUCUGAGUUUCAGAUGAGCCCACAGCUGCAAUAUCUGGAUCUCCUACUCCUGAAGUACAGCCUGUUGCCUUCUCUCCCCUCUCCUCCAUUAUUUUCUCCAUCAUUCUCUGCCUCUUCCUCCAAAUUUCCUCUCCCUUCUGCCCCCUUGGGCAGGAGAAGAAGGUCCUGUUGGAAGAGCAGCACUGGGACUCUUCUGCAGGACUCUGGCCCUGUCCUCCCCUUGGACUUACUGAUUUCCUUAUUCUUAGGGAAUUAAAUUUAAAACAGACUGUUGUUGUGGUGGGAGGAAGGGACUUUACAGAAUAAAUGCAUUCUUUUUUCUUAUUUCUCAAGAAUCGUUUAAACAAUUUUUGAUUUAAGGCCAAACCAGUCAAUAUUUCUGUCUAAUUUUUGUCUGACUAACCCUGUGUUUGUCAUCCUUAGGGAGCCAGAGUGUUUGUCAUUAAAAACCUUCCUUCUUGUCCCUGCAGGGGACGUGGACUAGCAAGCUGACUUUUGCACAGUGAUUUCCCGAGGUGGCGGCUUCCCUUGUGCCCAGCCUUGCCUGUACUGCUGCACUGGGACCUCCACAGCCGGGGGGAACAGCCACCCUCCCAGACAACCUGCACAAGAGGGAACCCAAAAGCGUGUGGGGGUGUGGGGUGGUGAGAGAGGCAGAGGAGGAGGCAGGUUUUUGUGUAUCACAUCUUCAUUUCCCGACGUGGAACUCUUUGAGGCGAGCAUUGAGGCUCCUUGCUCGUGUGUGAACCAGGUACUGAGGUUUGAGAAGGGAAGGACUGAACAAAAACACAUCCUGCCCCUGGGCUGGAGCUGGGAUCAGGCCACCAGAGCUUGAUGUCUGUUGGUUGUUGCAGCCAUGAGCAGCGAAGCCACGUGCCCGCUGCCGCUCUGGGAGUGAAGACGUCUGCUGGAGGAGGGUUAAGCAUCGCCAGCCUUUCCCUGUGGCCCUUUUCAGCUCUGUGCAUUUUCUUGCCCAAAACCUUUCCACCUUCAAAUUAAUUGGUGCAAAUGAGGGCCACGUAGUAGGUGAAGCAGUGUGUAGCAUCCGCAAGCCCUGCGCUUCUCUCUCUCUGCCCAUCUCUUGCCUUUCUUUGUGCUUUUCACCUAAAAAAGGGAUUGUGUGCCUGUGCAUGGCUUUGGGGUGGGGAGCUCAUCUUCCUCCUUCACCCCAGGUGAAGGGGAGGAUGUGCGCUUUGGACCUGCAGCAGGUGAGCUUGCGGAAGCAGAGGGAACAGGGUAGGUCAGCUGUCUCUGCUCCCCCAGAGGACUGGGGGUUAUGCUGUACCCAAGUGAGGGACAGAAAAGAUGGUGUGGUUUGGUGCCUGUGUGGUUGAUAUGAAGGGCAACAUGCUCAGGUCCACUCUCACUGUUGCUUUCUCUGAUCCCUGUGUCCUGCUGAGGUGUUUGCUGUCAUGCAGCUCAGGCCAGCCUGCUCUUUGCGUCUCUGUGGUGGGGAAACGAGGGGACCUUCUGCCCUCCGGGUAAUGUAUGAGUUGGGGUGGUGGGAGCAUGUCAGAGCAGAUGGGUAUUUGUUCCCUUCUGCCCCCCUUCAGUGUAUCCUUGUGGGAUGGUGGGGUCUUUUCCUCUCCCAAACAUCCCCUGGGCUCUGUCCCCAUCUCCCAGCUCGUGCCAGUGAACUCUGUGGCUGCUGCGCCUCUGCACUGUGAUGACACGUGUCCAGGGUCACCCCUGGUCUUAUUAGUGAACACAGGUGGUGAGGAGGGAAGGGAUGGCUUGUCCUGGCUUCACUGACCUCAAACCUUGGUGGGAAAGGAGGGAAGUGAGUGGGAGAACGGUUCCCAAAUCCCUUCAUCAAUGUGUUGUCUCUUAUCCCACCCCCUCCCCCCCAAAAAAAAACCAAACCCACCUUCCUUCUGAUUUCUGAAAUGUUGAACAAACUUGCUCUUAUUAUGAAAACAGGGGGAACUGGAGGUAAGGGGUGGCAGGAGGGGCUUGGAUCCAGCACCAAGAAAGGGGAGCUGUUUCUAAUGCAAUACACUGACAUUAAAAGCUUUGGGGACUACAGAUAAUGGCUCAAGAAGGGAUCUGGAAUACUCUGAGGCUAAGAAUUCGAACUGCUGCUUUUUCCUUCCUGUGCGGAUGAUGAUGCAGUAUCAUCCUGGAGGUGAUCCAGCAGCGCUUCCAUGCCUGGGGUCCACCUGGACCUACUGGUGGUGUAGCCCCAGAACACCCUGCUUUGGCAAAAGAAUGCGUGGAUUUGCCAAAAAUAAAAGAGAAAAAAAACAAAAAGAAAUUAGGAGUGUCUGCAAAGCUCCUUUCCACUCUGUAAUUUAUAAACUGCAAGUAAUAAUGAACUUUUUGUAAGGAUAAAUCAAAUGUACAUUCUGAAAUCAUUUUCUCUGUAAAUGGUUGGAUUUCAUUUCGCCCUUAAAGGGAUGUUUAAAAGGAGGAGAUAAUAAAAAAAUAAAAAAUUUACAAAGUAUGAAAGGAAACCAA